AUGGACCAGAAACACAGGAGAACAUGUCUGGAGUUGAGCGGUUAUGCUGAGGAUAAGUGCCGGUGGAGCUCGCUUAUUCAGGUUAUGGUGGCUCAUAUGGAUGAACAACAUGGGCCUGUAUGGGUUUCAGAAGAUUGUGCCUAUCAGACAUACCCACCACCAUCUCUAGAAGCUUUGCUAAAGCUAGUGCUGCUGCCUAAUAUUGACAUCCUGUCUGUCCAAGCCAUUGGUUUGGCUUGUCUCCAGCUGAUAGAAAGCCAAAAUAUGCAGCCCAAUGAAGCACAGAUACUGAAGCAAGAAACAGUUGGUCAACCACCAGUAAGAACUGAAGCAGGUAAACUACAGCUGCUUUCAUCUCAAAUAUACUGGGGCAUGGUGGUGCUGCUGCUGCCAAAGUACCUGGAGAAUAGUGUGAAUAGUGCACAACUCUCAUCUCAGGCCUUAUGUCAUGUUGCUGCUAACAGCACAUCAGUUGACAUUCAUUGUAAGUUCAAGCGAAGAGCUGUUGAGGAAGAGUGUGAGGAAGACCUGCCUCUGCAGCCAGAGGAGGACAUGAAUGAUUCACCAGUGUUCUCCUCUCCCACGACAUCUCCUGACAGCAUGGAGUCUGUUGGCUUCUUCAAAUCUCCCUGCUCUUCACCACCGGCUGUCUGCUCUGAAGCCCCAUCUGCACAGGAACCCAUCCUCCUGAAGCAGAACUCUUCUGCUGUGCCUGAAGAAGAGGAAAGCCACGUCCCAGAUGAGGACAAAACUCCUGCAGACAUGUUCUCUGGCUGUCCCGAUCUAACCCUCACUCUAGACGGCGCCACAGAUGCGCUAUCCAUUAACAGCCUGAGCAGGGAAAGUGUGGUUAUAGAGAAGAUCUUCCCUAGUGUGGUAUCUGGAGUCAUCUCACACUCAGCUGAGGGUGACGCAGUAGAAGCUCCACAUGCAGAGAGGAGGUGAG